GAGAGGAACUGGGACAAGGUAAAAAAAAAUGAGACUAGUCAGAUACCUUGGAGAUGAAGCUUUCUGUCUUCUCCUCACUGCAAAGGCUGUCUCGUUGUUAGAAUGGAUCUGGAGCUGAUGAAGAAAUCUCAAGGAGGAAAAUGAAAUGGAACAAAAACAGCAGGGAUACAUGGUAAUAAUAACAACAACACAGGAACAGAAGGGAACACUUAAAACUCAGAGGAGGAACAACAUGUGACUGUUUGACAGAACAGAAAACAAGCAGGACUGCCGUCUUUGUUAUAAGUUAGACUCGGCUUUUAAACAUAUUACAGUUUCAUUUUGAUUUAACUUUGUGCCUUCAUGUUUUUGCAUCUCCGGGAUAUUUGUUUCUGAUUUUGUGUAAGGAUGAAGUUCCAUAACAUGGCUCAAAUUUGCCUGCAUGUCUGUAUAUGGAUAGGUGUUUGUGUCUCUUUUUCCCUCCGUUCACCCCCCCAGCACCGUGGGUGGCUGCGGCUGUGGGAGGAGGGUGAUGGCUGCGCGGAGUGCAACCAGCACCUCUGUCCUCUGGUCCCUGAUGACUGCCCCGCAGGUCAGGUUCAGGAUGUCUGUGGGUGCUGUGAGCAGUGUGCUAACGUGGAGGGGCAACAGUGUGACCCAGAUGGGGCUCAGAAGUUCUAUGGAAGCUGUGGAGAGGGCCUGGUCUGCCAGCGGAAAAUACCAAAGAGAGACCACAGGGAUGAGCCAGAGCCUGCAUGUGUAUGUCAGGAUAAGGGCCCUGUAUGUGGCUCAGAUGGAAGGAUUUAUCCAAAUGUUUGUCAAAUGAAAGAGGCCGCCAGCCGCCUUAACACAACCCUCGAGCUCACAGGAAGAGGACCCUGCCUUUCUGUUCCCCACAUCCUGCAGGGGCCCAGAAACCUCUCAAACUACACUGGGAAUGAUGCCUUGUUUGGCUGUGAGGUCUCAGCUUACCCGCUUCCAAACUUGAGCUGGAGGAAGAAAGGUCUUGAAACCACCCUGCCAGGAGAUGAUCCUCACAUGUCUGUCCAGACUCGAGGGGGUCCCCAGCGCUAUUCUGUCUCCACCUGGCUUCAGAUACAGGGUCUCCACACCUCUGAUUCAGGGGUCUACACUUGCAUCUCCCAGAAUUCCUUGGGAGAAACGUCUGCAUCAGCAAAGCUUAAAGUGUUGAAGCAGGAGGUGGAGAUUAUAGAAGACAAAGUUGAGGAGGAACCUGAGCACAUUGAUUUUCCAGAAGGAGGCAGUGGUGACGACAAAUAA